UAUAUUUUAUUUUACCAAAAAAAUACCUAAAACCCUCCAAUAAAUCUCAACUUUUUCGAUUGUUCCCCUUUCUUAAACCCUUUUCAGCUCAAUUGUUUUCUAGGAGAAAAACCCUAGCCCGAUUCUCUCACUCAUUAUUGUUCCUUCGGCCACCAUGGAAGCAGUAAACCCAAAAGCAUACCCAUUGGCUGAUGCCCAAUUGACAAUAACAAUCAUGGAUCUUGUUCAACAAGCUGCCAAUUACAAACAGCUCAAAAAGGGGGCUAACGAAGCUACAAAAACGUUGAACAGGGGUAUUUCUGAAUUUGUUGUUAUGGCUGCUGAUGCUCAGCCCUUGGAGAUUCUCCUUCAUCUUCCUUUGUUAGCUGAAGACAAGAAUGUUCCUUAUGUGUUUGUGCCCUCUAAACAAGCACUAGGCCGUGCAUGUGGAGUUACAAGGCCAGUAAUUGCCUGUUCGGUGACUUCUAACGAAGGGAGUCAAUUGAAAUCACAAAUUCAACAACUCAAGGACGCAAUUGAAAAGCUCUUGAUUUGAGAAGUUAUUGGAUGCCUGUUCGGAGUGAUGGGCCUCUUGGAUUGUAAAAGUCUACUCCUUGGAGGCUUUGACUGAUGAAUUGUUGUGCAACUAUGGUAGAGGUUUUAUUUUUUCAUUGUCUCUUUAUUCGCUAGUUUCGGUAAUUGAUCAUUGUUUUGGAAAACUUUAAUUUUGCUGUGAGCUUAUUUUUAUAGUCUAGUCUAUUGUUGGUGGUAAUCUAUAAAAAACCUUGUGACUUGUUUAUUCAUCCCAUUCCGCGCCACAUUUUUGUUAGUUUAUUUGUUUGGAUAAAUUUCUUAUGCUCUGUUGAGA